CUCCCCCUUGCGGAGCGUCCUGUCACUGGUGGAAAAUGGCUGCUCGGAGCAGCUCCCCAAAGCUCAGAGAAAACUGAGAGGGGGGGAGAGAAAGUCUGUUUUGUGGUCUGACACAAAAGCCCCUUGGCCGCGUUUUUAUUUACAGGACAAAACUCGAGGGAAGCAAGCCUCGGCUCUGUGAGGAUGUCUCGCUGGGUGCCCUCAAAGAAGGAAAAGUAUGGAGUUGCAAUCUAUAACUACGACGCCCGGGGAGAAGAGGAGCUGUCACUGCAGAUCGGCGACACGGUGCACAUACUUGAGACAUAUGAAGAGUGGUACAGGGGAUACAGGCUGAGGAGAAAAUCAAAAAAGGGCAUAUUUCCUGCUUGCUAUAUACACCUAAAGGAUGCCACGGUUGAAGGCAGUGGGCAUAAGGAGACGGUCAUCCCCACUGAGCUGCCUCUGGUUCAGGAGGUUACCACAACGCUGCGGGAGUGGGCCACCAUAUGGAGGGACUUGUAUGUUGGGGACAAGCGCGAGAUGUUCAACUGUGUCCGCGACAUGAUCUACGACCUCAUCGAAUGGCGGUCACAGAUCCUGUCAGGCACCCUCCCGCAGGACGAGCUCACUGAGCUCAAACAGAAGGUCACCUCCAAGAUUGACUACGGCAACAAAUACUUGGGUCUCGAUCUGGUGGUCAGAGACAAGGAUGGCAACAUUCUGGACCCAGAGCUCACCAGCACCGUCAGCCUGUUCAGAGCGCAUGAGGCGGCCUCCAAACAGAUUGAGGACCGCAUCAAAGAGGAGAAGGAGCAGAAUAUUGAUCUGACAAGGCAAGCAAAGUUCGCCUCCACGCCGGCAUUCGCCCUCUUUGUGACGCUGAAGAAUGUGGUGUGUAAGAUUGGCGAGGAUGCAGAGGUGCUCAUGUCUCUCUACGACCCAGUGGAGUCAAAGUUUAUCAGUGAGAGCUACCUGGUGAAAUGGUCGAGCUCCGGCCUGGUGAAAGACAUCGACCAACUUCAUAACCUGAGGGCGGUUUUCACGGACUUGGGGAGUGAAGAUGUGAAGAGAGAGAAGAUCAGCUUUGUGUGUCAGAUCGUCAGAGUGGGGCGUAUGGAGCUGCGAGACAACAACACCAAGAAGCUGACGUCAGGCCUUAGAAGACCUUUUGGAGUAGCAGUAAUGGAUGUCACGGAUAUCAUAAUGGGCAAGACGGACGAUGAGGACAAGCAGCACUUCAUACCAUUCCAGCCGCUGGCGUUGGAUGAUGCCAUUCUCCACAAGCAGCUGAACAUCUCCCGUUUUUCACCCAGGGUGGCAGGGGAGAGCGACUUCCUCCAGGCCGUCAUCAACAAAGUUAUCACCGCCAAAGAAGUCAAUCACAAAGGCCAAGGUCUUUGGGUGACUCUGAAGCUACUUCCAGGAGACAUCCAUCAGAUAAGGAAGGAGUUCCCUCACCUGGUGGAUCGAUCGACUGCUGUGGCUCGAAAGAUGGGUUUCCCUGAGAUAAUUAUGCCAGGUGACGUCCGAAACGACAUCUACGUAACUCUGGUUCAGGGGGAUUUUGACAAGGGGAGUAAGACGACACCCAAAAACGUUGAGGUGACCAUGUCUGUGUACGAUGAAGACGGCAAGAAACUGGAGAAUGUUAUCUUCCCUGGGGCUGGAGAUGAGGGGAUCAAUGAGUACAAAUCUGUCAUCUACUACCAAGUAAAGCAACCAAGGUGGUUUGAAACAAUAAAGGUCGCGAUCCCCAUUGAAGACGUAAACCGAAGCCAUUUGCGGUUCACCUUCCGCCAUCGCUCAUCCCAGGAUUCCAAAGAUAAGUCGGAGAAGAUCUUUGCCUUGUCGUUUGUCAAACUCAUGCGCUACGAUGGGACCACUCUGAGGGACGGGGAGCAUGAUCUCAUUGUGUACAAGGCAGAAGCUAAGAGGCUGGAGGAUUCCUCUCUUUACCUAAACCUUCCCUCCACCAAGCUGGAACUGGAGGAGAAAGGUUACUCCACCACCGGCAAGAACUCUCACAACCUCGGGAACUGCACCAUCAGCAAGGACUCUUUCCAGAUCUCCACCCUGGUCUGCUCCACCAAACUGACACAGAACGUCGAUCUGCUUGGCUUGCUGAAGUGGCGCUCCAACACCAGCCUUCUGCAGCAGAACCUCCGUCAGCUCAUGAAAGUCGAUGGUGGUGAAGUCGUGAAGUUUCUGCAAGACACUCUGGAUGCUCUCUUCAACAUCAUGAUGGAAAACUCUGACAGUGACACUUUUGAUACGUUGGUGUUUGAUGCCUUGGUGUUCAUAAUUGGACUUAUAGCCGACAGAAAGUUCCAGCACUUUAACCCCGUCCUUGAAACCUACAUUCGCAAGCAUUUCAGCGCUACGCUGGCAUACACGAAGCUGACCAAAGUUCUGAAGAACUAUGUAGAGAAUGCUGAGAAGCUAACAGAACAGCUGCUGAUGGCCAUGAAGGCUCUGGAAUACAUCUUCAAGUUCAUUGUGCGCUCCAGAGUCCUCUUCAUCCAGCUCUACGAGAACAAAGGAGAGGCCGACUUCAUGGACUCCUUGAGGAACCUCUUCACAUCCUUUAAUGACAUGAUGAACAGUAAUUCAGAGAACACUGGCAUGGUGAAGCUACUCCUUAAGGGGGCUGCUCUGAAGUACAUUCCCACCAUCGUCAAUGAUGUAAAGCUGGUAUUUGAUCCCAAAGAGCUAAGCAAGCUGUUCACAGAGUUCAUCCUGAAGGUCCCUCAGGGUCGCCUGGUGAAACAGAAGCUCGACUGUCUGAUCGACAUCGUCCACAGCGAUCUCUUUGCUCAUCACGAUUGCCGCGAGAUCCUCCUGCCGCUGAUGACGGAGCAGCUGAAGUCCCACCUGGAGAACCAGGAGGAGCCCAGGGCUUGCUGCCAGCUGCUCAGUGACAUCAUGGAGGUGCUUUACAGGAAGGACGUGGGUCCCACCCAGUGGCAUGUUCAAGUUGUGAUGGAGAAGCUGCUGAGGACUAUAAACAGGACCGUCAUCUCCAUGGGCCAGGAUUACACCGGGAGCUUUGUGGCCUGCAUGACUGCCAUCCUGAGACAGAUGGAUGACUAUCAUUAUACCCAUCUGAUCAGCACUUUUGGCAAGAUAAGAAGUGACGUGGUGGAUUUCCUAAUGGAAACAUUCAUCAUGUUUAAAAAUCUCAUCGGGAAAAACGUCUACCCCUCCGACUGGAUCAUAAUGAACAUGAUGCAAAACAAGGUUUUCCUCCGGGCUAUUAGCCAGUAUGCAGUCGUGCUAAACAAGAAAUUUCUGGAUCAAACCAACUUUGAGCUACAGCUGUGGAACAACUACUUCCACUUGGCCGUGGCCUUCCUCACUCAGGAGUCGCUGCAGCUGGAGAACUUCUCGAGCGACAAAAGAUCCAAGAUCUUCCACAAGUACCAGGACAUGAGGCGACAGAUUGGCUUUGAAAUCAGGGAUAUGUGGUACAAUUUAGGCCCCCACAAGAUAAGAUUCAUCCCUGAAAUGGUGGGUCCAGUUCUGGAGAUGACCCUUGUUCCUGAGAUCGAGCUGCGAAAGGCCACCAUCCCCAUCUUCUUUGACAUGAUGCAGUGCGAGUUUCACUUCACAUGCAGCUUCCAACGGACAACGGCGUCUAUGUCGUGUCUUGCUCUGCCGUGCUCGCCUGCUCUGCUCUCGCACCUGCCCAAGACGCGGGUACAUCAAGAAUUUGAGAACGAGAUCAUCACCAAGCUGGAUCACGAGGUGGAAGGGGGCCGAGGAGACGAGCAGUACAAAGUUCUCUUUCAGAAGAUUUUGUUGGAGCACUGCAGGAAGCACAAAUACCUGGCCAGGACAGGGGAAGCCUUUGUCACUCUGGUGGUGCGACUCCUGGAACGGCUGCUGGACUACAGGACCAUCAUGCAUGACGAGAACAAGGAAAACCGCAUGAGCUGCACCGUCAACGUGCUGAACUUCUACAAGGAGAUAGACAGGGAGGAGAUGUACAUCAGGUACCUGUAUAAGCUGUGUGACCUCCACAGAGAGUGCGACAACUACACAGAGGCUGCCUACACUCUGCUGCUACACGCAAAGCUGCUCAAGUGGUCCGACGAGCCCUGUGCAGCCCACUUGACCCAGAGGGAAGGUUACCAGGCCACAACACAAGGACAGCUGAAGGACCAGCUCUACCAGGAUAUUAUUAAUUACUUCGAUAAGGGCAAGAUGUGGGAGGAGGCGAUCAAACUGAGCAAAGAGCUGGUCGAGCAGUACGAGAAUGAAAUGUUUGACUUUGAGCAGCUUAGUGAAUCUUUGCGGAAGCAGGCCCAGUUCUACGAGAACAUAGUGACGGUCAUCCGGCCCAAACCGGACUACUUCGCUGUGGGCUACUACGGAAUGGGGUUCCCGUCGUUUCUGCGUAACAAAAUGUUCAUGUACCGUGGGAAGGAGUACGAGCGCAGAGAGGAUUUUGAAGUGCGGCUACUCACACAGUUUCCCAACGCAGAGAAGAUGAAGACCACGGCGCCGCCCAGCGAGGACACAAAGAGCUCCUCCGGACAAUACAUCCAGUGUUUCACGGUGAAACCCAUCCUCAACCUGCCCGCUAAGUUUCAAAACAAGCCUGUGGCUGAACAAAUACUCAGCUUCUACACAGCAAAUGAAGUCCAUGAAUUCCAGUAUUCCAGGCCGGUGAGGAAGGGAGAAAAGGACCCUGACAAUGAGUUUGCGAACAUGUGGCUUGAGAGGACCACCUACACGACAGCAUACAAGCUUCCCGGCAUCCUGCGCUGGUUUGAAGUCAAAUCUGUCUACACGGAGGAGAUCAGUCCGCUGGAAAAUGCUUUGGAAACGAUGCAGCUGGCCAAUGAGAAGAUAAGCAGCAUGGUGCAAAGGCACCUCGCUGAUCCCAACCUUCCCAUAAAUCCCCUCUCUAUGCUGUUGAAUGGGAUUGUGGACCCUGCUGUCAUGGGAGGUUUUGCUAACUAUGAGAAGGCCUUCUUUAAUGACAAGUACAUGCUGGAGCACCCAGAGGACCAUGAGAAGAUAGAAAAACUCAAAGACCUCAUCGCCUGGCAGAUACCACAUCUUGCUGAAGGUCUUCGCGUCCACGGUGAGAAAGUAACCGAGGCACUGAGGCCUUUUCACGAUCGGAUGGAGUCUUGCUUCAAACAGCUGCGGGAGAAGGUGGAGAAACAGUAUGGUGUAAGGACUCUGCAGGCAGGUGAUGAACGACGGGGGCCUCGUCCUCCAUCCAUGGUGCGCUCCUUCACCAUGCCCUCCUCCCAAAGGCCGCUGUCUGUUGCUUCAGUCACCUCUUUGUCCUCAGACAACCCCCCCUCCAGGCCUGGAUCAGAUGGCUUUGCCUUGGAGCCCUUUCUACCAAAGAAGCUGCAUACGAAGUCUCAGGACAAACUGGACCGGGACGAAACUGAAAGGGACCGCAAAGAGAGGAAGAAGGAGAAGAGGAACAGCAAGCACCAAGAGAGUUUUGACAAAGAGCUCAAGACAGCAGAGAUCUCUCUGCAGCCGUCUGAAGCCGUCAUACUCUCAGAGACGAUCAGCCCCCUGCGGCCUCAGAGACCAAAGAGUCAAGUUCUCAACCAGAUGGCCGGAGAUCGCCGUCUGUCUGUCUCUCCUGGACCACCUCCUUCCAUCAACUCCACCUCCUUACAUGUGCCCCCACCCAUUACACCAAGAAACAAAUCCACCUUUAGUCUGCACGCUGUUUCAAGUCCCGAGCUGAACGGCAUGGGCUGCACCGACAAGGGUGAGACCCCUCCUCCUCUGCCGGUGAAAGUGUGCACGGGAGAUUACGGCAACCUGCUAGAUAAUCAAGACUUGACGAGUCCCUCGACGCCUCCGCCACCCCCACCACAUCAAAGACACAUUCCACCUCCUCUGCCUAGCAAGACCCCCCCUCCACCCCCACCCAAGACCACCAGGAAACAGGCCUCCAUCGAUUCAGGAAUUGUACAGUAAACAAAGACACUGACAGAAAGGCCAAACGGCACGCUGACAACGAAACAAAAACAUCAACAGUAAACGUUCCCACGGAGAAAAAAAAAAAAAAAAAGAAAGAAAGAAAACAGGUUGUUUUCACCCACGCGUCCCUCACUCCCCGUCCCAGCUUGACAAGAUGAAUACCUCACCGCAGCCCGCCUCCACCGUUAUCGUCCUUAACGCGUUGCUUUAUUCUCUCUGCCUCCUGUUUAACGCCGUCUCCAGCAUGGCGCGCGUUUCACAGCUGAAUAGUCACUGAACUGUUAGAUGCCGUUUACAACCGCCACUUCGCGCUUUUUAUUUUAAUUUUUUUUUUAAUUUUGACUUGAGACAUGACUUGAGAGCUCGCUCAGACGGAUAAGCUUGGACCAGCAGCUUCUCAACACUGACCCCCUCUCAAGUAAAUGAGAUCAAAAAGUUCAUUAAAUACCUGUCUCUGUUAUUCAUAUUCCCCACUAUGUACAGAGGUAUGUAUAUAUUAUAUUAUUUUAUUUUAUUUCAGGUUUCCGUGUAUGUGAUUUGAUCAUGACCUUUUUGUUUGUUUUUUGUAUUAACACAUCACUAGAUUAGUGGCAUUUAUAUCAAACAAAAGAAGGGCUUGUUGGUUUGAAUUGACAGGGACCUUUAAGAACCUAUCAUGGAUUUUAUUGAUGCAGUAUUUGGAGUGCACAUCCUCUUAUCCCAUAUAUCCACACAUCAUUGUUUAGACCGUGUCCUUGAUUGCUGUAACCUUGGAUUUGAAUAACAUUGGCUGUUUCCAGUUCACUACUGACUUCUGAAUAAACUUUCCAAUGUAUGUAUUUUUUAAAAGAA